ACAAUCUGCCUUAUUGGCUGCCAUAUUGAUAACUAAAACUCCCAGUGUCCCACGCGAUUUACCACCGCGGCAGUCGCCACGUCUCUACCUCCACUCUCCAUAUCACUAACACUUUUUCCUCGAUGGCAGCGGUUUCUUAUUUCGAUCAACCGCUUUAACAUUGAUUUUCGUACUGACGAUCUAGAGCAUCCCUGCCAAAAUAUACGAGGACGAAGGACAUUGCGGCCGAACCUGUAAAAAAUGCCACUGCGACUGGACAUUAAACGCAAGUUAACGGCGAGGUCGGACAGAGUAAAAUGUGUCGACCUUCACCCUACCGAGCCAUGGAUGCUGUGCUCGCUGUACCAGGGCAACGUGAAUAUUUGGAACCACGAGACGCAGACACUCGUAAAAACAUUCGAGGUCUGCGAUCUUCCUGUCAGAUCUGCCAAAUUUGUACCGAGAAAAAAUUGGGUUCUCACGGGAUCCGACGACAUGCAAAUCAGAGUCUUCAACUACAAUACUUUGGAGCGGGUUCAUUCCUUCGAGGCACAUAGCGACUAUGUCAGAUGCAUCACGGUACACCCAACGCAGCCAUUUAUUCUCACCAGCAGUGAUGAUAUGCUGAUUAAACUAUGGAACUGGGAUAAGUCGUGGCUUUGCCAACAAGUAUUCGAGGGCCACACGCACUACGUCAUGCAGAUCGUCUUCAAUCCAAAGGACAACAACACCUUCGCCAGCGCAUCCCUCGACAGAACUGUCAAAGUCUGGCAGCUCGGCUCCUCCACGGCGAAUUUCACCCUCGAGGGACACGAAAAGGGCAUCAACUGCGUGGAUUACUAUCACGGGGGCGACAAGCCCUAUUUGAUUUCCGGAGCCGACGACCGUUACGUCAAGAUCUGGGACUACCAGAACAAGACCUGCGUACAGACCCUCGAGGGGCACACGCAAAAUAUCUCGGCGGUGUGCUUCCAUCCGGAGCUGCCGAUCGUCCUGACCGGAUCGGAAGACGGCACCGUCAGAAUAUGGCACGCCGGCACCUACAGACUCGAGUCGCCACUGAAUUACGGCUUCGAGAGGGUCUGGACGAUCGCGUGCAUGAAAGGCUCGAAUAACGUUGCCAUCGGCUAUGACGAGGGCAGCGUUAUGGUGAAAGUGGGACGCGAGGAGCCCGCUGUCUCCAUGGACUCUUCCGGUGGUAAGAUUGUCUGGGCCAAGCAUAGCGAGAUUCAGCAGGUGAAUCUCAAGGCCCUGGGCGAGGAGGCCCAGGAUGGUGAAAAGUUGCCCUUAAUCGUCAAGGACAUGGGAGCAUGUGAAAUUUAUCCGCAAACGAUUCAACACAAUCCCAAUGGAAGGUUCUUGGUAGUUUGUGGGGACGGAGAGUACAUUAUCUACACGUCAAUGGCUCUGAGAAACAAAGCCUUUGGGCAGGCGUUUGAAUUCGUCUGGGCUGCGGAUUCCAGUCAAUAUGCAGUUAGAGAAAGCUCGACUACUGUCAAGGUAUUCAAGAACUUUAAGGAAAAGAAAAGCUUCAAACCAGACUUUGGAGCUGAUAGUAUUUUUGGUGGAUAUUUGUUGGGAAUCUAUUCUAGCUCGGGGCUUUCGUUUUACGACUGGGACACGCUCAAACUCAUCCGGCGUAUCGACAUUCAACCAACUCAUGUCUACUGGGCGGAAAACGCCUCCCUCGUCGCCCUCGCCACAGCCGACCAAUAUUUUAUUCUUAAAUACCGUACCGAAGCCGUCCAAGGAGCUACCGAAAAUUCCGAGGACAUAGAAGAUGCAUUCGAGAUGAUUGCAGAAAUGAACGAAGUGGUUAAAACGGGUCUUUGGGUCGGUGACUGCUUCAUCUACACUAACAGUGUAAAUAGAGUAAAUUAUUUUGUAGGAGGAGAAGUGGUAACUGUAUCGCAUUUAGACAGACCAAUGUAUUUACUUGGUUAUGUUCCAAAGGAUAAUAGAUUAUAUCUGUGCGACAAAGAAUUAUCAGUAGUUUCUUAUUCGUUAUUAUUAUCCGUAUUGGAGUAUCAGACUGCAGUUAUGCGAAAAGACUUUGACACUGCCAACAAGGUGCUACCAACGGUUCCAAAAGAGCAUCGUACCCGUGUAGCUCAUUUUUUGGAAAAACAGGGUUUUAAAAGGCAAGCGCUCGCGGUUUCGACAGAUCCGGAGCACAGAUUUGAAUUGGCUCUUGCAUUGGAGGAUCUUGAUACGGCUCACGAGUUGGCUAAGGAAGCAAAAUGUCAACAAAAAUGGCGUCAACUCGCCUCGCUGGCAACGCAACAAGGAAAGCUUCGCCUCGUUCAGGAAUGCUUGCACAAAGCCGAGGACUUUGCCGGUCUUCUUUUAUUAGCGACAAGUACUGGCAAUGCAGACAUGGUGGAAAAAUUGGCUUCUGCCUCGGAUGAGUCGGGGAAAAACAACAUCUCCUUCCUCUCGUACUUUUUGCUCGGUGACAUCGACAAGUGCUUGGAGAUUCUUAUAAAAACCGAUCGCAUACCCGAAGCGGCAUUCUUCGCAAGGACCUACGCGCCCAGUAAAAUAUCAUCCAUUGUGAAGCUGUGGAAAGAGAAGCUGUCGGCCGUCAGUGAAAAAGCAGGACAGAGCUUAGCGGACCCCGAGCAGUAUGCUAAUCUCUUCCCGGAAUACAAGGAAUCGCUGAAGGUCGAGAAGUACAUGAGAGAACAGUAUAAGAAGCGAAUUCCGGCAUCGAAAUAUCCGACGUUAACACCAAACAUCAAACGGAACGCCCGAGAAGAGAUGCUGGCGGCAGCCAGAUUAUCCGGGGUCACGAGCGAAUCGAGCGAGUCCCUCGACCAGCCCGAGCCCGAGCCCGAGCUCGAGCCCGAGAAGGACAUAUCCGAGGUGGUCGAACGACUGAUGGACGUGGACAUCAACCAGUCGCUGACGAACGAACCCGCCGCCGCCGAGGGCAAUAAGCUCGACGGCAAUAAGCUCGACGGCAAUAAGCUCGAGGGCAAUAAGCUCGAGGGCAAUAAGGCCGAGGGUAAUAAAACCGAGGCAACCACCGCACAAACCUCCAGUACGUCGAGGCCCCUCACCCUCGACGACGACGACGACGAAUUCGACUUCGACUUCGAGAUUAACGCGAACUUCGACAUCAACGACGUAAGCUCGGACGAAAUUCUGGAUGAUUGAUGAGGAGGAGUCACACCAAAACAAGAUAAAUGAAAAUGAAAUAAACAUGAAAAAAAGUGCACCUACCCGACAUAUAUGAUGGCAGUGUAUUUACUUAUACCGCAAUCAUUAUUCGAGUGGAAAA